GCCGGAGCGAAGGGACGGCCGGCGGCGGCGGCGGGAGCGGGAGCGGGAGCGGGAGCGGGGGAGUCGGUGUCACCGCCUGGCGCAGGUGAAAAUUCUCCACUAAGUUCAGAUGGAAUGGCUUGUGUAGACUUUUGUGAAUAUUUCUAACAACAAGCAAGUUAAUAGAGCAAGAGGGUAAAUGGGACCUUCUAAGAGAUGCUACCUUCUACAACCAUCGUUGAUGCUGCCUGACCCGAGUAGUUCCAGCAAUCUCUGUUACUACAUCAGUGCUCCACCACGUAACUCAGUGUAGCUUUUUCCUCAUGGCCUACAGCAGCAGCCUAGCAGUUUCGUUACUAUUUUUAGUGCUGAUGAUCUUCAGAUGUGGAGCUGAAGAAGCGUCAUGUUGUUACCAAGCAAGAGAAUAUCCAAUUUGCAGAGAUGUCUGUGAUCAGCUUACAUCCACAAAAAGUGAAGCCCGAUUGAAAUAUCUCCUACAGCGGUUGCCUGGCUACUGUCCUGAGUCUAUGCUUGAUUUCUGGGCUUGCAUCAAUGCUUCUUUGCCUGGAGCACCAAGAAAGACAGAAGGCUGGGUUGGCCUGGGGUGUUGUGAACUGGCCAUUUCCUUGGACUGUCGACGUGCAUGUAAGCAGGCUUCUUCAAAGAAUGAUCUUAAGGACUGCAGAAAGGAAUUUGAGACUGCAUUUUUCAGCUGUGUGAACAGAAAUGAGAUGGGAUCCUUAUGCUGCAGCUAUGUAGGUCGGCAUACAAACUGUAGAGAAUACUGCCAAGCUAUUUUUCGGACAGAUUCUUCUCCCACACAAUCGCAAAUUAAAGCUGUGGAAAACUAUUGUGCCUCCAUCAGUCCACAACUUAUUCAAUGUGUUGACAAUUACACUCGCUCAUAUCCAAUGAAAAAUCCUGUUGAUAGUUUAUAUUGCUGUGACAGAGCAGAAGACCUUGCCUGUCAGACCACAUGUCGAAGAGUGCUGAUGACAAAGUCCACUGAUCAAGAAAUUGUUGAUGGACUUAUUGAAGGCUGUAAGAAAAUGCCUCUGCCUCAGGAUCCUCUGUGGCAGUGCUUUCUAGAAAGUUCUGGAUCAAGUAAUCCGGACAACAGCACAAAUGGAUUGCCCGCUACAGCCGUUGAUGGUGCAAAAUUGCAUUGUUGUUCCAAAGCAAAUACUUCCAUCUGCAGGGAUCUAUGUAUUAAGUUGUAUAGCACCAGAUGGGGGAGCACAACUCACUGGCAAGAGUUCGAUAGAAUCUGUGAAUAUAACCGUCUGGAAGCUGCCAUGUUUACGUGCCUGGCUGAUGUAAGAGAGCCGUGUCAACUGGGUUGUCAAAAUCUCAAAUACUGUACUAAUUUUAACAACAGACCCACAGAAUUGUUCCGAAGUUGCAAUGCUCAGUCGGACCAAGGAGCCAAGAAUGACAUGAAACUUUGGGAGAAAGGGACCAUCAAGAUGCCAUUUAUGAAUAUACCUGUACAAAAUAUUAAGACCUGCCAGCCAGAAAUGUGGAAAGCAAUUGCCUGUUCAUUACAAAUCAAGCCAUGCUAUAGCAAGUCUGGAGGAAGUAUCUGCAAGUCAGACUGCGUAGAAAUUCUUACAAAUUGUGGAGAUCAUAGCAAAUUUCCAGCGGGACAAACUGCCGAAACCAUCUGCAAUCAAUUAUCCCCAAAUGAUGACCACAAGAAUUGCAUCCCUCUGAAAAAUUACCUUGCUCCUAGUCCAUUCCAUAGUACUGUUGCAGAGGUGAUACAUCCGUGUAAUCCAAAUGCCUGUCCCAACAAUUAUGUGUGUGAAGUAAAUCGAAAGGGUUGCCAAGCUGGACAAGAUUGUCUUCCCUACUUGUGUGUUCCAGGAUGCAAGCUGGGAGAAGCUUCAGAUUUCCUAGUACGGCAAGGCACCCUAAUUCAGCUGCCUGUCACUAGUGGAGAAAUGGGCUGUUACAGAGUGUGCACGUGUGGCCCAAGUGGACGCUUGGAAAAUUGUUUGGAGAUGCCCUGUAUUGAUGUGCAAAAGACCUGCAUAGUUGGAGGCCAGAGGAAAAGUCAUGGGACAUCUUUUAAAGUGGAUUGCAACACAUGCUCAUGUUUUGCAGGGGUGCUGAUCUGUUCGAACCGUCAGUGUUUGAGUGAAUACAGUUCUCCAAUGGAUCGGACUAUGUUCACAGGUCUUCCCUGUAAUUGUGCUGACCAGUUUGUACCAGUUUGUGCCCACAAUGGACGUACUUACCCAAGCGCCUGUAUUGCACGAUGUGUCGGAUUGCAGGAUAGUCAAUUUGAAUUCGGAUCCUGUGCAUCCAAAGACCCAUGCAUUUCUCAUCAAUGUUCCAAAAGUCAAAGGUGUAUUCCAAAAUCAAAAGUUUGUCUCACUAGCAUUGAUUUGCUUGAAUGUGACCAGUACGAAUGUAUCUCAAGAUCAGUGAAUUGUGAGCUGCUUCCUAUUGAACCAGUUUGUGAUACAGAAAAUGUAGAACACUCCAAUCGAUGUGCCUUGUACCAAAGAUCCAAAACUUUGUCCUAUGUGGGCCCGUGCCAGGAUAUGUGUGGACAGCAGCCAGUUUGUGGUCAUAAUGGUGAGACCUACGAUAAUGUGUGUGCUGCCUACUCGGAUCGUGUGGCAGUGGACUAUAUUGGACCUUGCCAAGCUGUGGGCAUUCGUCCCGAAUAUAAUUCUCACCCUGAGUGCUCAAAUGUCAUAUGUUCACCACUGCCUAGCAAUGGAUGCAAGCCUGUCACUCCACCUGGAGCCUGCUGUCCAUUAUGUGCUGGAAUGCUGCGAGUUUUAUGGAGCAAAGAUCAGUUGGACAGCCUUGCCAAGUUAAAUGGGGGAAGACCAGUUUCUGUACAUGACAUCCUUUACACUUUACGACUCCACGUAUCGGUGCCUCAAUGUGAUGUUUUUGGAUACCUAAGUAUAGAAUCAGACCUCGUGAUCCUCAUCAUUCCAGUUGAUCAAGAUCCAACAACACUGCAGAUUGAAGCUUGCAACAAAGAGGCUGAAAAAAUAGACUCCCUAAUACAAUCUGCUAGUCCAGCUUUAAUGGCCCAUGUUCCUCUGUCAGCACUCACUACCUCACAGGUGCAAGUUUCUUCAACAGAUUCAUCCGACUCUGCAAUGACAAUCCUCUCCUCAGCUGCACUUUCACUAAACCUCGUUUUUGCUUUGUCAGGGUUCUUAUGAUUCCAACUGAUAUUGCAUGUUUUUACCAGAAUAAGGCUGCAUUUAAUUUGCCAUUGAACUACAAUUGGAAGGUAUGCUUAAUGACUGAACUACACAUUGGAGAAGCCAAUGAGCUAUACAAAGCUUAAACUUCAGUACUUUUUAAGUAAAAGUAAAAAUCCAAAAUAUAUCUUUAUACAAGCCUUUUAAUGAAGGGAUGUGUCUAUUGUAUUUAAAAUGAAUGCAGUUUAAGUUGAUAGUUAACAGUUUUAGUGUGUUUAUUUUUUAGAAGUUCAAAAGAAUUUGGAUCUUAAUGUACAGCAAUUUACAAGUCUAGUGUGCAACAGGCAACUUGACCUAAAACAAGAAGUGUUUGAAUUCACUACCUUUUCUAAUUUAUAGUUUCUACCAACAUUGCAUUAGUUCAGGUUUAUUUGAGCAGAUCUGUAAAGCACAUUGAAACUUUAAUGGAAAUAGUUUAUACUUGCAGGCCCACAAUUACAUGGAAUCUGCAGCACAGAAGCUGGUCGUUUGGACCAACUGGUCGUGUGUCAAGUGUUUCAACUUCACAUGAACUUCCUGCUACCCUGCCUGACGCCUGUCUAUUCUUUGCAUCAACUCAUUAAAUGUGUCACUGUUAUCCACUUCAGCCACUGCUGUGAGUUCCCUAUUCUCAACACUUUGCUAAACGUCACUUCAAACUGAAAACCAUUUUAAGAGUAAUUUAACUCCACCAAGUAAAAAUCAAAAUUUUCAUCAUAUAGUUUGACUAUUACCAUAAUUUCUUUCAGAACAAGCAUGAUUAACUCUCCUGGAAUAAGCCAUAUUACUGAUUCAGUUAAUGUACUAAGAUAUCACAUGUAGUCUCUUCAAAUGCUGUCCAAUCCUAUGUAGGUCCUGUGUAGAACUGCACAUUAACUAUUUGCUUCUUGUUUAUUCAGCUUCAACCUAUUUAUUUUACUUUUUUGCUUUGAUUUGUAUUUAAAUCAUAGAAACUUCUGCACAGCGUUAAUUCCAUUUUACCUGCUGCUUUCGAAUUCCUUUCGACAGACUGCCUGCAACAUUUCCUGCCCAUCUCCUUGCUGAUGGUUUUUAUGUUAAUUUUUAUUGUUAAUUUUAAAAUCCUUUUUUUUGGCCAAGUAGUUGAAAUAUUCAUUUUACCACCGUUAGUCCUGCUGCAAUCUCUUUAGCUGGCAUUCCUCUUGUCUCAUGCUUAAAACUUCAAUAAUGCACUGCCCUAUUGCUUGGAAAUUCCGACGGUUGGGCAUCAGGCUGUGCUGGUUGUUUCCCCUGUUCACUUUAAACUCACUGGGGCCCUGUUUCUCACACUUCCUUUAAACUCUCCAAGGUCACUGGAAAUUUUCUUACCUUAAUUCACGUUAUUUAAAAAGUGUGUUGUGAAAUUUUUCUGAUGAGGAAUUAUCUCUUCCCUGGGAAGUAGGGUUACAUUAAAUUAAUUAAUUGUGAUAUCCAGUCAUCUACAAAACCUGCCAAUUGGCCAUCUCCAAAGUCCUGAGGAUGCCAGAUUAUUGAAGUUUUACUUUUGAUUUUAUCUUGUUGCUAUAUUGUUUUAAACUACCAACUUUGCCAUCCAAUUAGGGCUGUCUAAAGUGUGCUCUUUACUUCACCACCACUGUUGUCUGACUGUCUCUUCAGUCUACCUCAUCUCUCUAAAAAGUCAAGUUAAUUUUAAGCUUUCAAAAUACACACCCAUUUUCAUUUACAUUUAUUAUUCAAAACUCGAAAUUCCUAAUGAAUUUCAUAAAUACUGCAUGUGGUCAUCAAACAAUUUUAAAUCUUUAAUUUGAAACAAAUGAAGAUUCAACGAAUAAUUCUGUUUCUAACAGUGCUUCUACACUCUAUGGACAAAGCUUGCCAUCUGCGUAUAGAAUAAGGGGCUAUGCUGAUCUGAAAUAUACUGCUGAAAAACUGAUGGAUUAACCUUUAAAAGGGAAACAGAUAAACAUUUAAAAGAAAAAUAUUUGCUGGACUGUAAGGAAAGUGCAGACGGACGAGUUUAAAUAAAUAAUAACCUGGAGCAGAUUCAGGUUAUGCAAAGUUACUUUUAAUGACAUGAUUUAAAAGUUAGAUAUCUUGCUCCUCGUUUUUGACUAGCAAGAGGUGAAAAAUUAUGGCUUGGGUGGAAGUGUAUUUUGGAUAAUGGAAAGUGGAAAUUCUGUUAAGGCAGAAUCCUUUGGGGCCAAAUUACUAACUUUUGGCUGAUAAAGCAUUAAUGGAACUUGAAAAGUUUGACAUCACUCUAAAUAGUCUUUGUUUAACUGACAUGAGCUCUGUAUAAGAAGUUCAGUGUUUUCACCACUACCUGUUGUAGCUCAGCCAUAACUUGCUCAUUUCAUGCCCACUUUAAACUGAUGUAGUUCUUAAAUAUAUAUAUGUUUGUUACCAAUGUAUUUAAAAAGUUUACAUCCUAAUCAGUAUUACAGGUGAAGUUAUCUUUGAAGGAAAUGGUAGCACUUUCUUUUUAAAGAGCAUGAACAAGUUUACUAAUAAUGGGUUUAUAUUCAGAGCGUGAUGAUCCCUGAAGCAGCAAAACUGAGUGUGAUAUAGAAUUGAACCCUACAGAUGAGGUCAGACUUUAACUGAUGCCAUUUUUAUCUUGCAUUUAAUUUGGACAAUAUCCUUACAAUAUGGAUUGAAUUUUUUUUUAAAGGUAAUCACCUUUGUGACUUGAUAUGCCCACUGUAAGCCAUAAGGGACAGGGCCACAUCUAUAUGAUAUGUGCUACGAUAAAUGCAGGCUGAAUAACCAGCACACUUGCUUCCUAGUCAGAACAUGGGUUCAGAACCCAUUCCAGAGAUCCAAACACAUAAACUUCGUUGCAGCGCUAAGAGAAUGUUGCAAUGUUGGUGUUGUCUAGCAAAAAAAAAUACUUUAAAUUGGGACAAUUUUUGGCUGUUCAAGUUGGGGAAGAAAUUAUGUGGCACUCUUCAAAGAAGACUAAGUUAUUUCCUUAUAAUCAGAUUUAUUAUCACUGGCAUAUGACGUAAAAUUUGUUGUUUUGUGGCAGCAGUACAGUGCAAGACGUAAAAAAAUCUAUAAAUUAAUUUAUCCCUGAACCAACACUGACAAAAAAAACCUAUCUGGCUGUUUUUCUCAUUACCUUUUGCAAAACAGUGCAACUUACUGUAAUAUUUCCCUGCAUAACAAUAGUAACAUUUGUAAAAUAUUUCCACUUGUAAAUUGUAAAGUAAUCCACUGCAUUAAAUUGACUUAAGGAUGUGGAAAGUGCUACAUUAAUGCAAGUUCAUUCCUUGUGCAUUUUCCUGCACUCACCUAUAUGCUCCCUCUCCAGAGAAACCACUCUAAACUACAGACAGGAAUUAUAAGCAAUGCUUUGAGUCCCUGGCCAUAAUCUACAGAAUCUUCCACUGCAACGAUAUAUUUAAAUGAUAAUUACAACUGCGUGACAGUUCUGAAUUAUGUGACAGUGUUAAUACCUUUUUGUUUACUGUAGAUAACUGCUUUGGCUAUUUUUAAAUAUUUGCAAUAUGAUGAAAUAAUCUAAUUUUUAUUUGAAACAAGUACACAGUAUAAUUACCAUGUCCCUAUCGUGUGGUCACAGCAGUUAUACUUUAAAAGCGCUACAUUGAGAUAUCCUGAUAUUAUAUUUUUCUAUCAGUAGUAGUCACUGAGGUCACGAUUAUCAAAUCUAUCGUACUAUCUUCAGAACGGAUCACAUUCCCUACCACUUGUAUUGAUAGGGGUAGUCUUAGUUGUGUUCCAGGUCUCUGCUGUGCAUUUAAAGAUUGCUGAAAACACCAGGAAGUUUGAUGCACUUUACAGUCUUGCCUGAUAAACUCUGGCAGGUUCCCCAAAAGGCAGAAAUUUGAGUGGGUUCAGAAAAUGCAACCAAACGUUUCCCAAAUCCUACAUCUAAUGGCUUGAGCAACUCAGGUAAAAGGUCUGUUCAGAUUAUAAUCAAAAUUCUAUUCAAUACAUGUGAUUGGUUUUGAUAACCUACAUGACAUGCAGCUAUAGUGUAUGUGAACCUGCACGUAGCUGCCUAAUACAGCAAAAAUAAUUUUUCAGAAAUGAAACCUACUUAUUCAUUUUAUAACAUUUAACAUUGACCCUUCUCGUACAGUUUCAAAAUAUUCUAAAUAGAGUAAAACUCUGAUAAUCUGGCACUGGACUAUUUAGAAAUCCUGAUGGUUCAGGCAUCACCCCAGUGAUGUUUGCCAUACACCAUUUAAAUUCACAGGGGCCCUGUUUCUUGUGCGCCCCACUCACCGGGGCCUCUGUUCCCAUGCUCCCUCCUCACUCACUAGGGCCCCGGUUCCCACAUUCCCUUCCUUCACCAGGGCCAUGACACCCACACUCCAUUCCCACUCACAGAGGCCAAGUUCCCGAGCUCCCUUUAGACUCACCUUGACCCUAAUUCCCGUACUCCCUUCGCACUUACCUGGUCGUGCUUCCCUUGCUUCCUUUCAACUUAACUGGUCCGCUGGAAAAUUUAUUAUCAUUGUGUGUAGUGUCUUAAAAAUGGUAAAGUGCUUGGUAAUGACAUCCAGUAGUCCAGAAAAUCUGCCAAUCUGGCACCAUCAAGGUCCUGGCAUGCCAGAGUUUAACUGUAUUAGGAGAAUGUAACAACCAUUCUAGUUUACAGUGACUGUAUGUGAACAGCCCUUAGGGGUGUUCCUGUGAAAUGCCAUUAGGCACUAUAUAAAUAUUUUUCCCCCCAAAUAUCCCUUAACAAAAGCAGGUGACUGAGUGUUUUUUUCAAUGAUUUAAUUAAAACGGUGCAUUAACGUAUCAAUUUCCUGAUCCAUCUGCAUGGCAAUGAAUUAUUAAACUUCAAAGUGCAGAUUCACGUUUACUGUGGUGCUCCUCUUUGAAGAGUUCACACAAUUUGGAGGAAAUCAGGCACAGCUUUUAAACUGUCAACAUUAUUUUGGGAGAGGCGUUACUCCUUAUAUACAGGAAGUCCUCGGGUUACGAAUGCCCGACUUACGAAUGCCCGUACUUACGAACCGACCUCCGUAAAGCCUAUUAUUUUAAAAAAUCGAGUUACACACAAUGGUUCGUGCUAACGAACGGGCGGACUACUUUGCGCGACGCUCAAAACACUGCGCGUUAUUAUUACUAUUACUGCAUUAUUAUAUUUAUGAUGUUUUAGGUAAAAUAUAUACUAUAUACUAAGACAAACAUUUGACUAAUUGACGCUAGAUGUGAACUGUACGUAACUGUUCCGACUUACAUACAAAUUCGACUUACGAACAGACUCAAAAACGGAACUCGUUCGUAAUCCGGGGACUUCCUGUAUUUCUACUUCUUACCUGGUUCCAUUAUUCUCUCCUGAUGUGAUGCAGUGCAAUAAUAAUCUUUGUAUAAACUGCAGUGCAUUCUUAGCAUAUCAAUUUAACUGUUCGCCAUUCAGAACCAAAAAUUCCUUCUAAAAUAUUUGCCAAGACCUGUGACAUCAAUUCAAUCCAUCUGAGGAUUUUGUACUAAAUCAAGUUUUCUUAUUUGAAAUUGUAGUUAGGUGCUUUUUUUUAAAAAAAAGCUUCGUUCAUGCUCCUUUAAGUGAUACCAAAAAAUGAAAAAAAAUUGAACCAUAAAAUUUGAUUAGAAAUGAAAUACAUUUUCUGCAAAUAUUUGAAUUGAAAUGUAUUGAAGUUUAAGAGGACAUGUAAUAGAGUUUUGCACAGUUAUUCACCAGUGUUGCCUUUUUAAAGUUUAAUUGAUAUUUGUACAUUGCAGAAAAUGUAUUUUUUACAUUAAAUGGUUGGUUUAUCUAUUUUCAGUUAAAGGGGAAGGAAUGCGGGGAGGGUGGGAGAUAUUAAAUAUCCUAUUUAUAUGUAGAAUACUUUGAAUAUGUAAUCUUCCUUCCCCUUUAAGGAUUACAAUUUUUACUCGAGUAGUGAGAGUUAAUAGUUUUCAUGGUGUGAAAAUAAUUGAUGCUGUCUUUUUAAGGCCAUUAUAUAUCUAUAACAGCACACAAAAGCAAGAUCUAGCAAUUUUCCAGAUUCUUGUUUCAUUUUAAAUGAGCUUUUCCAAGUUUAUCGGAAAGUAUUCUUCUCUUUGAGUAAUAGAAUUGCUCUCUAUUUUUGUUAAGAUGGUAAAAAGAGAGCCAUUUUUACAGUUUGACAAUCAUUUAAAUAUAUAAAAUAAGCUGAAAUUUAUUAUUUUAAUUAUUCCUUGAAAGAUUAAAAAAAUGAAGUGUUUAAUUCAUGGGCUGGAGCUGAAAUAUUUAUAGUGUAUAUGCUAUUUAAGUUCUUAUGAAGGUUUUGAUAUACAACUUUAUGAAGUGCCAUAUGAAAGUAUUAAUGCAUGAUAACUGAUGGAUCAUUUUCAACUUAAAUCCAUUUCUAAAAUGUGUGACAUUGUACUGUCAAGCUGAAUGUUGUGUGCCAUCUUUACCUCUAGUUUUGCUCUUUAUUUUUGUACUUGGUGCACACACAAGCCUAUCUUUUAUAUGAAGUCAAUUUUAUAUCUUCAGUAUUAUUUCAUAGGUGCCUUCCAGAAAAUUUGUUUUAAAAUGGAAGAUGUGCAAAAAUCAGAUUUUUGUCUAUUUUUUAGAUUUUGUGAACUUGUAGGCACUUAAUGUAGACAAUGUAUCACAGUACAAGGACUAGUUCUCCUUGGAAAAAUACCAGUAUUUAUGUUAUAUAUGUUAAUUCUAAUAAAGAAGUACU